GGAGGGGCCUCGCCCUGCCUCCACCCCGGACGCUGCGCGGAUCAGUAGAAUGAAUGGGGGGUCGGGGGCCGUGAAGGAAACUUUCCUACCAGACGCUGCUCGCGGGCAGAGAGGGGUCGUCCUCCCUCCCUGUCCUAGCUGGAGCGUCCUCCACCAAGCCAGAAUCCUGCGGCGUCACUGGCGUCACAGCCAGCGAAAGGGCGGGUCUCCCAGGCUCCUAAAUGCCCCAGCACGCCUCUGUCCAGGCUCUGGCAGCCCCGGGGUCUGGCAGAUGCCCCUGCCUUAGGGUGGGUACUUUUUUUUUGUAAAAGUAGAGCCCAGCUAGGGGGAGAGCAAGACUCCUUCCCUUAGGAUAGCCUCAGGCCUUCCCAUGGGUUCUACCCCCACCUCCCACCGCGUUUUGUAAGGGGUUUCAGACUUUGGAUGAGGUUUAGGCCUAAGCAGUUAUGCCUACCCUUACCCUCACCAUCCUAUGGGGGGGUCUAUGCCCCAUCCCAUUUUUGCCCCAACCAAGAAAGCUCAGAGCACAGUCCCAGAUAGAGAGGACCCCAGAGAGAGAGGACAGCAUCUGGAAGUGUGUAGGAGGGUCAGAUUUAGCUGAAGUCUGUCACCCUGGGAGGGAGGGAAGCUGGAGGGAGCUUAAGAUCAGGUGGUUGCAGGGAGGCCCCUGUCACUUGCAAUCUUGACAGUGAGGUUGAUUGUGGGUGUGGAUGUUGAGACGUGAGCCCCCCCAACACCCAGUGAUGUCCUUAGGCCACUGCUAGAUGGCUGCUGUCCACUGCAGGGGUGACAGGUAGUGGGGAGGCAGGGGCACUUGAGGGCCUCUGGCAGGUUAAGAAUGGGAUUCCCAGAACUCUCCACCACCGCCCCCCCGGCCAACCCCCGAGGUCCAGGGCUGGAGUCUGGUGCAGGGGCUUGGGGCCAAUGUGGCCUCUGAUCUCACGCUGUCACUCACAGUCAGAAACCUCAGGCUAUUUCAGCCAUUCCAGCCACAGGCCUCUGUCUUUAUGUCUAAGACAUCAAGACCAAGAAGAGGGUCAGGGACAAUGUGUGGGUGGCCCCUGGGGACCUUGCUGGAAUUGCCUCUGGCCCAGAAGCUCCUUCUGGGAGUUCCUAGUUAACGUCAAGCUCCCCAAGGGAGGCUCAGGUCUCUCUCCUUGGAACUUAGCUUGACUUGGCCAGUGCAGGUGACCACUCCCUCCUGGGCUCCACGUUCCUCUGAUGAAGCCAUCAACCCAGGGCCAACUCCCUGUCGCUCAACUGCACAGAUGCAAUUAGGCAAAAGGAUCUGCUGUUCAACCUGGGGGACCACACUCUCCUUCCCACCCCAGGAGUGACCUUCCCCGACAGGUCACAGGCUAGGGGGAGGGGCUCAGGUUCCCCAACAGGUCAUAGGCUAGGGGGAGGGGCUCAGGUUCCCCAAGCGCCUACCUGGCUUUCCUUCAGCACCAUCUGGUCCUGCGGGAGCUGCUCCUGGGACUGUGGACUCUGCUCACUCCUGGGGGAAGCAAGACCCCAGAGACAGGAGGUGAACUGGAAGGCAGGGGCCAUCAGCUGGAGGGGACAGCCUAUGCGAAGGCGCUGUGCUCAGCAGGCCCCCAUCCUGAGGGCAGUGGGACCUCGGGAGGGUGGGGGGUGACUGGACCAUUUACAUCUGAGGCUGAUGCCAGCAAGUGUCGUGUCUCCCGUGCAGAGCAGACGCGCAUGGAGGUGCAGGGUCUGGACCUCUGCAGACUGGGGCUGGGCACAGGGGAUGUGACGGAGGGUGCAGACACCGCCCUCUGUGCCACGUUUCCUCCUGUCUGGUUUCUCACCGUUACAAGUAAUGCCAGUUUUUCCUCCAUGUUUUGACUAUGCCAAGGCUUUGAAGGCAGCUCUAGAACCCUCCAGAAGCCUCAGGAUCCAUGGUCCAUGGCGGGGGACGACCUUCUAAUGUGGGAAUAGCCAGUGGCUGUUUUCCUGGUGUUUUAUUCCCACCCUGCUCGGCCUACGACACGCGGCUGCGCCAGAAGGUGGCGGUGAAGAAGCUGUCGCGCCCCUUUCAGUCGCUGAUCCAUGCGCGGAGGACCUACCGGGAGCUGCGGCUGCUCAAACACCUGAAACACGAGAACGUCAUCGGGCUGCUGGACGUCUUCACCCCCGCCACCUCCAUUGAGGACUUCAGCGAAGUGUACCUGGUGACCACUCUGAUGGGCGCCGACCUGAACAACAUCGUCAAGUGCCAGGCGCUGACCGACGAGCACGUUCAGUUCCUCGUGUACCAGCUGCUGCGCGGGCUGAAGUACAUCCACUCGGCCGGGAUCAUCCACCGGGACCUGAAGCCCAGCAACGUGGCGGUAAACGAGGACUGCGAGCUCAGGAUCCUGGACUUUGGGUUGGCGCGCCAGGCUGAUGAGGAAAUGACGGGCUACGUGGCCACGCGCUGGUACCGCGCGCCAGAGAUUAUGCUCAACUGGAUGCACUACAACCAGACAGUGGACAUCUGGUCUGUGGGCUGCAUCAUGGCCGAGCUGCUGCAGGGAAAGGCUCUCUUCCCAGGAGGGGACUACAUCGACCAGCUGAAGCGCAUCAUGGAGGUGGUGGGCACACCCAGCCCUGAGGUCCUGGCAAAGAUAACCUCGGAACAUGCCCGGACGUACGUCCAGUCCCUGCCCCCGGUGCCCCAGAAGGACCUCAGGAGCAUCUUCCGCGGCGCCAACCCCCUGGCUGUGGACCUUCUGGGACGGAUGCUGGUGCUGGACAGUGACCAGAGGGUCAGUGCGGCCGAGGCCCUGGGCCAUGCCUACUUCAGCCAGUACCACGACCCGGACGAUGAGCCCGAGGCUGAGCCUUAUGAUGACAGCAUGGAGGCAAAGGACCGCACUCUGGAGGAGUGGAAGGAGCUCACCUACCAGGAAGUCCUCAGCUUCAAACCCCCAGAGCCACCGCAGCCGCCUGUCAGCCUGGAGAUCGGGCAGUGAGGGGAACGCUGCUGGCCAGCCACACUAGAACUCGAGGAGGGGCCUCAGCCUGCCUGUCCCUUCCUCAGCCUGCCGAGUUCCCACGAGGGGCAGCCACAGCCCCCUGCCUGGGAUCCCUGGUCUGCAUGCCACUCCUUGUGCACACCUGUGAAUGCACAACCGCAUGCACCUGUGCAAACCACGGGCGCAGGAGCCUGGGCAGAGUGUCCUGGACCGCCUCAGUCCUCCUGCCCCCUCCUGGUCUCCCUUGGGACCUCACUGUGGGGGACCUGGAUGCCUAGGGGUCCCCCUGGGGAGUAUGUCUGUCUCCAGAUCUCCUUAGUCCCAGGGGGCUGUCUGGGGGCAGUGCAUUGGAGCCAGGGCCCCCUGGAAACUCAAAGGGAGGGGUGUCAGGGGUCAGAGCUGCUCAGCCUGGGAAAUGCUGAGAUCUGAAGGUCCCAGAGCUGGGCAGGAUCUUCUCUGUGAGGUGGCAGGGUGCAGACAGCCACCAAGUGUCGAAUUGGCAAAUAUGCCUGGAGCCACGAGUUCUCCUGCAUUGCGUGGCAUGCGUGCCCCAGUGUGUGUUCCUGAUGUUUACGUGUCAAGACGUGUGCAGGUGUGUGUGAGUCUGUGGAAGGGCCAGGUGAGGUGGCCAUACUUGCCUCCCCUCUCCCCAUUUCUGGUGCCAUGAGGGUGCCGAGAUCCUUCUGGGCACCACAUAAGGGGCUCAGGCCGGCAAGGAAUCACCAUGUGAGCCCAGGCCAGGCACUCUCCUUGGUUUUCAGAGAUAUGAGGGUGCAGUGCCAGCUGGGGUGCUGGCACGCAGGGGAGCUGGGGGACACUCAGAGGGCUGGCACACAUCGAUGUGGACUUGGACUCGGACCCUGGGCCUUGGACCCAAGCUGAUGAAGAGGCCUGUCCCCCGUCCCUGGCCCUGCGGCUGAGAGCCGGGGUGCUCUGGUUCGCGGGGCGGCCCUCUUCCUUUUUCCUUCCAGAAUGGAGCUGACCUGAUAAGUCUGGGGCAGGACCCUGCUUCACACGUGUCAAGGGUGUGGGUCCUCCCUCGAGGACCUUUUCUGUCAGUGCGUCAGGGGUGUCCUACCUCACAGGACCUGGGGGAUCUGGGUGUCAAGUGCCUGCACCAGGGUUCCACAAUAAAGGAGAUUCCCUCUCGCUCA